AUGUUUGCGAACAGCCUUUGGCAGGCACAGAAACUACUUCAUGGAUCCCAGAGCCACAUCAUGCUACCGCUGAGCCUUGUGGUGACGGCAUCAGUGCUGGUCCUCUACAAGCACUGGAAGGACGACCAGGGAGGUGAUCCAACCAAGACCUUCCUUGCUUUGAUUGUGGUGCAGAUGUUGCCGCUGGUCUUCUUGGAGAAGAAGAUCUUGUCUUGCCCGGAUCCGGUGAGCAUGCUCUCCCGGUUCGGAAGCAAGGUGCUCUUGAUGCACGGCUGCUUUCUGGCCCUACGCAUCUGCACGUGGCCCCUGCUUGAGGUGGGCAUUGGGGUGUGCAACUUGAUCGGCUUCGCGGCCGUGUGCGCGGCAUUAUUCUUUGGCUUUGGGUUCCAAGCGUCCAUGCUGCUGCAGCAGAUGGACUUGUUGGGGCUUGUCGCUCUUGGGAUCGGCGGGGCCUUCCUCACGGAGGUCGUGGACUUUCACAAUCACCAGAGCCUGCUGGAAGGCACCAUCUUCACCUCGGCGAACUACAUCGAAAUUCUGGCCUUUGUGCCGGCCGUCUGGAUGGUUCAUCAGACGGCAAAGAAAGCGGAGGACUGGAGCAGCAUCAGCGGGGCAACCCGCGAGAAGCAGGCAACUGCUUUCUUCGCGUUCCUGGUUUGCUUCUACAUCUUGGAGGACUUGAUCUCUGCCUACCGCCUCAUCAACGUUGAACCGAUGGGAGCUGUGGGCCACAUUGUGCACUUCCUGCUGCUCUCCGACUUUGCCUGCUUCUUGCUGGCCCACAUCUACAAUCCAGACAAGCUGUCCGGAGGUCUGCUGCGGUGGUGGGGGCCAGAGCAGCACUGGGUGUGA